GACAGAUUCGAUCCAGCUCACCAACCACCUGCUUCAGUCGGCAAUACCACAUCGCCGUUGAUGAACUUAACAACGAAUCACCUCUUACCACGCGUCCUUCCGGCCACCGACUCCGUCGAGACGAAAGGCCAUCUCGCUUUCCAGCUGGUAAUCCGUUUCUCUCGCCACGUUCUUCUCCUCUCCACCCACCGCUUACCUACUCUAUACAUAUCCACCCCUGUUUCUUCUCUCCGCCUGCGAAGCAAAAUAGAAACACAGCUAGAAACAGAAACCAGGGAGGGCGGAGAGAGUGGGAGGGAAACGGAAGGGGAUUUAAUCGGCUUCUUGUCGGAGAAUGGCGCCGCGGCUCUUCGCCUGCUUCAGCCGGGGCUCCUCGUCGAGUGAGAGAAAAACGACCGCCGACUCGGCGACGGAGGAGCAACGCCGUGCCGGUCCAGUCGUUGUCGAGCUGUUCUCUUCCCAGGGUUGUGGAACCUCGACGGAUGCCGAAGACAUCGCCACGCGGCUCGGCCUCGGGGAGAUCGUCGACGUCCCCGUGCUAGUACUCGCCUUCCACGUCGAUUAUUGGGACUACCGCGGCUGGAAGGAUCCCUUCGGAUCCAGCGCCUGGACCGUGCGGCAGAAAGCCUACGUCGAGUCGAUGCGCCUUGACACGCUCUAUACGCCUCAGAUCGUCGUCCAGGGCCGUGAUCAGUGUCUUGGCAACGAGGAGGGUUCAAUUGCGGCCGCUGUCUGCGCCGCACCGCGCUUUCCCUCCCCCACAAUGCAGGCAACUUUCAGCAAGCCAUCACCAAUGACAUUGCAGGUUGCCCUGAGUGGGCCAUUACGGUCGAAAGUUGACAGCGCCGGUGCCAAUGUGAUGGUUGCUCUGUAUCAGAGUGGCGUGGUGAUUAACAUCAACAAGGGGGAGAAUAAGGGCCGUCUCCUCGCCAAUGACUACAUAGUUCGCCGACUUGAGAAGCUUGCGACGGUCAAGGACAUCUCCAUGAAGAAGUCAGUCUCCGGCACCAUCACCUUCACACUCUGGGAAGGCUUCAACCCAGUCAAGUGUGGCCUUGUCAUCUUCAUCCAGAACUCCUCGCUUCAUAUAAGUGGCGCCCAGCAGCUGGCUAUCCCGGACAAUCUGUAAUCUCCUUUUCCCCAUUUACGGCUGCGAUUUCCUCAACUGCAUCCAUGUUUUUCUUUCCUUCCAUACUGCCAUUCUCUUCUUCUCCAUUCAUUCUAUUUCUUUUAUGAUGUAUGUAUUUAGAGUUCUUGAUUUGUUGUUAAGUCUCACUAGCCUUAUUUUUAGAAAUCGUACACGAUUCAUUACUGUGUAAAAGAUUGUAAGAUUUUUCAAGUUUAUAAUGCUUGUUAUUUAGACUUAUAAGUCGGCUUGCUAAUGUUAAGAGAUCCCAUCUAUGGCA